GCGGGGCUGGGGGAGGCGCGUGCCGAGCAGGCCGGGGGGUUCUUCUCCCCGGCCCUUUGAACGAGGACCGUACAGAGAUGUGAUAAUGGAUCAUCAUGUUUCCACCAUCAAACCUCGAAGAAUCCAGAACCAAAAUGUCAUUCACCGCUUGGAACGGCGGCGAAUCAGCUCAGGCAAGGCAGGCACCCACUGGCAUCAGGUCCGAGUGUUCCACCAGAAUGUCUUCCCCAACUUCACGGUCGUCAAUGUUGAAAAGCCUCCGUGUUUCUUGCGUAAAUUCUCGCCUGAUGGGCGCUACUUUAUUGCUUUCUCUUCAGACCAGACCUCUCUUGAGAUCUAUGAGUACCAGGGCUGCCAAGCAGCUGAGGACUUACUGCAGGGCUCUGAGGGGGAGAUCCUGUCCAAUGGCAACGACCAGCGGUCAGUCAACAUCCGCGGCCGGCUCUUCGAACGCUUUUUUGUCCUGCUGCAUAUUACCAACGUGGCCGCCAACGGGGAGCACCUGAACCGGGAGUGCAGCCUCUUCACCGACGACUGCCGCUGUGUCAUUGUGGGCUCAGCUGCCUACCUCCCGGAUGAGCCGCACCCCCCUUUUUACGAGGUUUACCGGAAUAGUGAGUCCGUGACCCCUAACCCCCGGUCCCCCCUGGAGGACUAUUCCCUUCACAUCAUCGACCUUCACACGGGUCGCCUGUGCGACACCCGCACCUUCAAGUGUGACAAGGUGGUCCUGUCACACAACCAAGGGCUGUACUUGUACAAAAACAUCCUGGCCAUCUUGUCGGUGCAGCAGCAGACUAUCCACGUCUUCCAGGUGACUCCUGAAGGCACUUUCAUUGAUGUGAGGACCAUCGGCCGCUUCUGCUACGAGGAUGACCUCCUCACGGUGUCGGCCGUUUUCCCGGAGGUGCAGCGGGACAGCCAGACGGGCAUGGCCAAUCCUUUCCGAGACCCUUUCAUCAACUCGCUGAAACACCGGCUGCUCGUGUACCUGUGGCGCCGGGCAGAGCAGGAUGGGAGCGCAAUGGCCAAGAGGCGCUUCUUCCAAUAUUUUGACCAGCUGCGGCAGCUGCGCAUGUGGAAAAUGCAGCUUCUGGAUGAAAACCAUCUGUUUAUCAAGUACACCAGUGAGGACGUGGUAACCCUGCGGGUCACAGACCCAUCACAGGCAUCUUUCUUCGUGGUAUACAAUAUGGUGACAACAGAGGUGAUUGCCGUGUUUGAGAAUACAUCAGAUGAGCUUCUAGAGCUCUUUGAGAACUUCUGUGACCUCUUCCGUAAUGCUACCCUCCAUAGUGAAGUCCAGUUUCCCUGCUCAGCUUCCAGCAACAAUUUUGCAAGGCAGAUCCAGCGCCGGUUUAAAGACACUAUUGUAAAUGCCAAGUAUGGAGGGCACACAGAGGCAGUGCGCCGGCUGCUGGGUCAGCUCCCCAUCAGUGCUCAGUCUUACAGCGGGAGCCCCUACCUUGAUUUGUCUCUCUUCAGCUACGAUGACAAGUGGGUGUCUGUCAUGGAGCGACCCAAGACUUGCGGAGAUCAUCCUAUCAGGUACUCGUCUCAUACAUUAAGUAGUUCUGCUCUUUGCUUCUCAUCAAAACAUCCAAUUCAGGUAAGUGUUCCCUUUUAAAGGUACCCAGGGUAGGAAACCACAUACCGUUUCAUAAUAGUGUUUAUAGUUGAGACUUUCUAAUUUUAUUUCACUCAGAUUAUUUUAUCCCCUCAUGUUACCUAGUAGAAAAGAUAGCAGAGAUAAUUUGGGAAACAGGCAGGUUUUGGAGAAACAUAUGCGUCCUCACAUGAGAAAUUUUAGAAUGUGGACUACUAUGUUACUGCUAGAACCUGGAAAACUAAGCCAGUCCUUCCCUCACAGAUGUCCACUCCACAGACCCCCCCCAUUUUCUCCAUGUGGGGAGCUUGUGUUUUGUGUGCUAUGUUAGGUACUAGGGAGAGGGACUGGUACCAUCACCACCCGUUGGGGGAAUUUCAGCGGGGGUGUGUUCCUGGAACCCUCAGCUGGAGAGUGGAAGGCCUUUUUCACAUGGAAGCAGUGUUAGGUAGUGUUUCACUGUCCAGUUUCAUUGUGUGCUAAAUAGACUUGUGUAACACAUUUUGAACAGUUAAUCAUCGCUCAUAGUAUUUCCUUUAGGAAAUUGUAGUCAAGUUCCAAAAACCAGUUGAUUUUUUUUUUUUAAUUCUAGAAAGCUUUAAACAUAUAAAAUGUGGAAGAGUAUAAUGAACCUGCACGUACCAACCACCCAGUUUUAACAGUUAUCAGGUCCAUGGUCAAUGUUGUCAUCUCUUUCUACCCCCAUACCCCACCAAACUGCCACUCUUGAUUAUUCUGAAGCAAAUCCCAGAUUUUAUAGCAUUUUUUACUCAUAUAUAUUUCGGCAUGAAUUUCUAAAAGAUAAAGACUUAGAAAAAUAUAUCCUCCAUACCAUUACUCUGUCCUAAGACGACCACCAAGUACCUAGUUUUCACAUUUUCCCGUUGUCUUGUAAAUAUUCUUUAUGGUUCCAUUUGUUCCUAUCACGAUUUAAACAAAGUUUACACAUUGCAUUAGUUGCUACUCCCUUAAAUCCAUUUUAUUCUGAAGGUUCUGCUUCCCUCUUACCUUCCUUGCAGUGAAAUUGUCCUGUAGUGUUGCCCACAUUUGGAGUCUGCUCGUGCAUCCCCGGAGUAGUGCUUACGAUUUUUCUCAUUCGUGUACAUUUCCUGUGAACUGGUAGUUCGAUUUAGAAGCUCAAACAACUCACUUUACCUUACAAGCCCUUUGUGUGUUGGAGACUGUGGGUGAGGUGAAUGUGGUUUUCACACAGAAAAGCCUAUCAUGGGCCUCAUUUGAUAUUGUCAAGGUAGCAUGAGAUCCAUUCCUCUCCUUUCUGACUUGCUUUUCUAAAAUGAAAAGAGAGUAACCUAAGUUACAAUUUGGAAACGGCUAUUGGCUCUGACCAGAGGGGUUUUUCACUUACUUUUAAUUUAAAGUGAGAAAUGUGAGGCUAUGAAAGGCAUUAGAAGAGGAGAUGCCGUGACUUGAACACCUGUACUGUGUGUUCCAUUCUAGUCUUUGUCAGUACGCAUGUUCACAUGUAUGUUGUUGUAGUCCUGGUUAGCAUUGUCCUGUGUAGCCUGCUUUUAUUUUAGAAACGUUUCUUGAUGUUGUUCCGUAGUCCUCAGAGUUCCUGUCCAAUGAUGGCCUGUCACUCCCUCAGGUAGAUGAACCCCAGUUGACUGAACUAGUCCCGUCACUGAGCCUUUAUUCUGGCUUGCAUUUUUACACCGGAGCUGUGCUGGACUUGCCAUCUUUAUUCAUAUCACUGUGUCCUCCCUUUAAAUUAAGUUCUGAGGAUACAAAUUCGUGGAAGUGGGAUUAUUGAGUCAGAGGCUAUGAAUAUCUUUAUGUCUACCAUAUGUUUGCUUUCCAAAAGGGAAGUCCUAGAGCUUUGUAAUUCAGAGCACUUCAUUUUCUAGGACUUCCCCUACCUCGUUCAGCCCCAGCCCCACUGAAUAUCUCUAGUUCCCGAUACCCGAAGACGUUUAUCAUGUGUAUGGGAAAAUGUCUUUAAUUGUUGGGAUGAAUGGAAGUAUUAGUUGAAAAAUGAAAAACUACUUAGUAUUUUGUUUUUGAGUGUGAAAAAGAGCCUUCCGAGAGAAUUUUUUCUUAAAAAUGAAAAACUCAAAUACGGGCCAAGAUCUGCGCUGUCCUGGGUAUAGCCACUCACCACAUGUGGUUGAGCACUUAAAAUGUGACUAGUCCAUGCUGAGAUGUGCUUGUGUGUCACACAUCUGAUUUCAAAGGCUUAAUACAAAAAAAAGGAAUGUGAAAUACCUCAUUAAUAU